AAAGCCUAACGUUGUGGUUCGAAGCCACUCAGGACAAUACAAGACAGAUGUGCUCCACAAUGGAAAAGAAAAAUAAAGGAGAAAAGCGGCACACAUGCCUGCCCUGUCUUCGGGGGCGCGGCCUCGGCGAAGCCAAUCCGCUCGUAGCUUCAGGGAUGCGCACCGCUUUUUUCCUUCAGGCAUGGAUCCCUUAAGUGACAAUUGAUCUUUCAGACCUGGCAUGAACAAUCCUACAUCCGGAAGGGACCUGGACCUGUGCUGGAGAAUUGUGGUUGUCUCUACGAUCAAACGCUGCUCAUUGGCUUUCUCCCCUCGGAGGCUGUCCCUACCCCUUUCGCGCUCCCUUUUGGGUUGUGCAGCCCUGAGGGAAACCAACGCCAACACCCGAGAGCGGCAAGGAGGCGUGCCCUCAGGAUGCUAUUGGUUUCAAGGCUCGCUGGGUGGGAUGUGCAACCGCUCUUGUUGCUCAUUGGCUUUGUGAUUCCUUGGGUGGAACUUGGCGGGGCCUAAAUCCUUCCGCGUCCCAGUACACGUUUCAAGCAUAGCUGCCAUGCGAUCCGGAGGCCGCGGGCGGCCCCGGCUGCGGCUAGGCGAACGCGGCCUCCUAGAGCCACCCUCCCUGCCCAAGCGCCGCCUGCUACCGCGGGCGCAGCUGUUGCACUUGCUGCUAGCCGCGGCCGUGGGCUUGGCGCUCUACAUCAUCUGGAGCGGCUGGCACCGCGGGACUGAGGAGCUGUCAAGGGGCCGGGAGUUGCGGGCUCCGCUGGUUGGAAACCUCCCGGAAGCCAAGCUGCGGAAGGUGGUGGGACAGCUGGAUCCGCAGCGGCUCUGGGUUACUUAUCUGCGUCCUCUGUUGAUUGUGCGAACCCCGGGUAGCCCCGGUAAUCUCCAAGUCAGAAAGUUCCUGGAAUCCACACUGCGGUCCCUGACAGCUGGCUGGCAGGUGGAGCUGGAUCCCUUCACAGCCUCAACGCCUCUGGGGCCAUUGGACUUUGGGAACAUGGUGGCUACGCUGGACCCAGGGGCUGCCCGUCACCUUACCCUUGCCUGCCACUACGACUCGAAGCUCUUCCCCCCGGGCUCAGCCCCUUUUGUGGGAGCCACAGAUUCAGCUGUGCCCUGUGCGCUGCUACUGGAGCUGGCCCGGGCCCUUGAUCUGCUGCUGAGCAGGGCCAAGCAGCAGGCAGCCCCAGUGACCUUGCAGCUGCUUUUCUUGGAUGGUGAAGAGGCGCUGGAGGAGUGGGGACCCAAGGACUCCCUUUAUGGCUCCCGGCACCUAGCCCAGCUCAUGGCGUCUAUGCCCCACAGUCCUGGCCCCACCAGGAUCCAGGCCAUUGAGCUCUUUAUGCUGCUUGAUCUCCUGGGAGCCCCCAGUCCGACCUUCUACAGUCACUUCCCCCACACGGUCCGCUGGUUCCACCGGCUGCGGAGCAUCGAGAAGCGUCUACAUCGAUUGAACCUGCUGCAGGCUCACCCCCAGGAAGUGAUGUACUUCCAGCCCGGGGAGCCGCCCGGCUCUGUGGAAGAUGACCACAUCCCCUUCCUCCGCAGAGGGGUCCCAGUGCUGCACCUCAUCGCUACGCCUUUCCCCUCUGUGUGGCACACGCCUGGCGACACGGAGGCCAAUCUCCACCCACCCACCGUGCACAACCUCAGCCGCAUCUUAGCCGUGUUCCUGGCAGAAUACCUGGGGCUGUAGCCCGCGGGAUCUUACUCUGAGGGAGCAGUGCGUACCCAGGGCACCUGGCCCAGGAGCGCUGGCUUCUCCUUUCCUACACCUCAGGCUCCUAGGAAGGUCCUGCUUUCACCUUUUCUCAAGCUGCCACCCUUCAGGGACAUGGAAGGGACCAUCGUGGAGUGACAGCCAGAGGAGUAAGAAGGUGGCCCUUGCCUGAGGUAAACACUUGGUCUGAAGGUCUGCAGGGACCAAAUGCUGUGCUUUCAACCAGCAAACUGCGGAUGGCAUCUGGACCAGCACCGCUCAACUGAAAGAAUCCUCUGCCACUUAAGGUUUUGCAUCAGUUCAUGCUUGAGAACCACAGCCUUGCCACUGCAUGAGUCCAACCUGGGUUCAGAAACAGGAACCAAGGAGGUGGUUUUGGCGCUCCAGGUUAUGCCUGGGCCAGUGGGCUAUAAACCAGUGUUUUAGGGGAUCUGAGAUCUAAGUAGCAGGGUAGAAAAUCAUUCAGUGAGUCCCCCUCAUGGGGCCGGGGAUAUAGCUCAUCGGCAUGAGCGCCAGGACCUGGCAAGAGCAAGGUCCUGAGUUCGAUUCCCGGUACAAAAAAAAAGUGCUCAUUGAGUCUCCUCACUGCAUAAUGGGAAUUUUCCAGAGUGAGACAGAAUGCAGUGGUUCCCAAAGUAUUUCACCAUGGAACCUCUGUAAAAAGCACCUCACAGAAAUAUUGUACCUGAAAAGAUACUUUGGGAUGCUGGGUGUAGUGGCGCAUGCCUGUAAUCCCAGCACUCGGGAGGCUGAGGCAGGAGGAUCGCUGUGAGUUCAAAGC